AACAAAUGUUGUGCAUGAGGCAGCAAUGGCCUUGCUGGCAUGGUGCGUACCGCGGUCGCAAUGGUCGCGAACAGUCAAGACCGCAGGAUUUCGAUUGCAGUCAUCGUCGUCGGCACGGGCACUGCACGAGGAGACCCAAACGCAGCACGACGAUGAAGAGUUUCGAGUGCUAAACUUGAAUCAGGUUAAAAAUCAGCGACCGCUUCGCCGAAAGGUCCCAAGGCCGGAAGUUCCGCCACCUAGAUCACAGCAGAUGGCAACGGAUCAGGAUUGGGGUGCCGUGUGGCCCGGGCCUCGCUCGUUCCAGCCCGCUACCGUCCCUCUGCCGUUGCGCCAGGGAUACGUCACGAAGCGAAACCAGAUGCCCCCGGGAAAGUACGCAAACGCGGAGCUGAUGAAAAUUCCCAAUUUUCUCCAUCUCACACCGCCCGUGAUCAAGCGUCAGUGUGAGGCACUGAAACAGUUCUGUACUCCGUGGCCGAAGGGACUGGAAACGGAGGAGCGAAUGGAGAAACACUUCCCGGUGACCUGCAUCACGGCCGACUACUGUCACGCCCUCCCCACCAUCCGUAACCCGCUGUCGCGGAUUGUCACCGUGCAGCUGAAGCUUGGGGCCCUCCAGCUGGAUCGGCAUGCGAAAGAUAAGCUGCUGCGGCUGGUCGGCGAGCGGUACGAUGCGGAGACGGACGUGCUGACGAUCGUAACCGACCGGUGUCCGCUGAAGAAGCAAAACUACGACUAUGCGAUCUACCUGCUGACGGCGCUCUACCACGAAUCGAACACGGUGGAACCGUGGGAAGUGACCAAAAGUGAGGCCGACAUGGAGUACUACGAUUUCGAGCGGAAUCGUAGCAAACGGAGCGCCGAAGCGACACUCAAUUGGGGCCGGACCGAAGGUGAUGGCGGAUGGGUGACGGUUCCGGCCGAGUAUGCGUCGGCCGUGACCAGACUGUUCAACGAGGGAGAGAAUGCCUACAAUCUGGACAAAUACAAAGAGCAAUCGAUGGCAUUGCUAGGGUUGUCCGUUGCGAAAGCGGAAUGACGGGCGAAAGGACAGCCGAAACCCAGUGUAAGCAGUUAUUAGAAAUAUGUAAUAAAAUCUUAUCAAAAGCUGAGACCUUGCCACC